AUGGGCUCAGAGCAGGCGUACUCUUCCACUGCCUCUUCCUCCUCGUCGUCCUCUUCCUCUUCUUCCUCCAAUAGCCAUCAGAAGAUGUCACUGGGGUCAGCCGUGAUCCCGAUUAUAAAUCGGCUCCAGGAUAUCUUCGCACAGGUGGGGGACGUGACCACCAUCAGGUUACCGCAGGUGGCCGUGAUCGGGAGCCAGAGCAGCGGCAAGUCGAGUGUGCUCGAGUCCCUGGUCGGCAGGGACUUUCUCCCCCGCGGGAAUGACAUCUGCACGCGACGCCCCCUUGUCCUACAACUCGUGCACACUGCUGCACCGACAGAAGCCUCCCAGGGCGCGGAGUGGGGGGAGUUCCUCCAUCGGCCGGGGCAGCGGUUCGAGGAUUUCUCCGAGAUACGUCGGGAAAUCGAGGUGUGGUUCGCGUUUCCUUGUCCUUGAAUUCUUCUGCCUAUUUCAUUCUUUUGCCGCGAUUGUUCUAAUGAUUUUAGUCAGAUGUUGAAUCUACGUUUGUCGUUAGUUAUCAAUCUCAACUUUAAAUUAAAAGCACGUUUCAGGUGUGUUUCUGGGACAAAACCUUGGGGAACAGUCAUUUUGAAUGUGCUAAUAAGAUUUUAUUUUAAAAUGUUUCUUGAUGAAAAAGUUUAUUGAUACAAUUGUUCCCUAUUCAUCUUACAGGAAAUGGACAUCAACAUAAAUUCUUCUAUUGGUCCGUUCCAUUGAUGUGCAAACUAAGAAUACAUAUGUUAAUUUGUAUGAUCAGAGAAGAAGAAGAUGCUAGAGAACUAAAGAAAUGCGGAAAACAAUACUGGUGUUUGGGACAGUGAUCCACGGAAAGAAAAAAGAAUGCAUGAUGAAAAUAGGAAAAAUAAAUCAUUCCUAUACCCAGAACCAUAAUAAGAGAAUUCGAUUUUCUGUUCCACUUCAUGUAUACAUUGCAAUUAUCAUAAAAAGAAACACUGCAAUUCUCUUGUCUGAUCAGGCUUUUCUUGGAAAACAAAUAACAUUCUACUGAUAAGAAAUCACGAGGCAAAUGGACCUCCGAUUCCAAUGAAUUAAAAAAAAUUGCAAGAUGGAUGCUGGUGUAAAUUUUUAGUCUUUUCAUUGAAAUCUUAUUCAUGUGCGCCGAAGCCAACAUUCCCAUAAAACUGGAACAAUUAGGGGAGUCGCAUGGUACUGUACGAAACAAUGUGAGGGUGCAUCUAAAGCUGAAAAGCAUGAAGUGUGAUUCCAGUUGAUGGCAAAUUUUCCCGUGUAGUUCAAGUCAAGCCUGGGUUUUGACCAAGGGACUUAACUGGUUGUACUCAGAUUAUUAUGAACCCCCUCUUAUGUCUGAAGUCAAUAAGUAAGGUUCUCUGUGUAUAAAGUGUGUCCUUCCUCAAAAAAAUUCACGAUGGUGUGCAGCAAUCACUCUGAAUAAUGAUGGCAAGCAGCCUUUGUCAAGAGGAGUUCACAACUUUGCAAAAAUAUGUACUCAGCUCGAGAAAAAAACUUAAUAAAUUUGUAUAGAAGGAAUGAAUGUUUUCUCCUGCUUAUCUUUCAUUCUAUUUGAAAGAUGCUUUAGGACGAUCAUUCGUCCCAAUAUCUUGUGUUUCAUGAAGGAUGAAGGAAAUAAACUAGAAUAAUAUUUUCCUCCAAUAGCUAGUUUCCUAUUGUCUAUUAAUUCGUCUUUCAGAUGAGGGCUUACUGUGGAAGAAAGAUGACUAAAUAGAAAUAAAAGAUAGCCCACCAAGUGGAUGUGCAGUGGAAUGUAUGGUAUGCCCUUUUUACUCUCUUUCUUUGAAGACACUCACGUACUAGCACUUGUAAGAAUGACUCAUAUUUUAUGAAGAAUAGGGGCAUUUCUAGACGUACCUUCAGACAAGGUUGUCAUACAUCACUGGUAAGCUUGGAAUGAAACCUCCUUAACAUAGAAAAAAGAAUUCAAAAGACAGAAAGUGGAUGUACGACGUCAGCAAGAAUUUUAAUCAGGAUUCACCAAAGUUUGCUUGAACUGUAGUGCAACUAGGUGUUUUAAGCUACUACACAUUAUUUUUCUACCUCCUCCCGUGUAAAAAUCAGACUUUAUUUUCCAUUUCACGGCACAUAAAGUUUGAGGAGAGAUAAGUUGCUCUAACUUUGUUAAUUAUCCAGAUUGAAACCGAAAGAGAAGCGGGAACAAACCAAGGAAUUUCAGAUAAGCAGAUUCGGCUGAAGAUUUUCUCUCCAAAUGUCCUUGACAUUACUCUUGUUGAUUUACCUGGAAUUACAAAGGUUCCAGUUGGUAAUCAACCCAGUGACAUAGAACUCAGAAUCAGGACAAUGAUCAUAUCUUAUAUCAAACAUGAAACCUGCAUAAUAUUAGCAGUCUCACCUGCAAAUUCUGAUCUGGCGAACUCAGAUGCACUUCAAAUGGCUAGAAUUGCUGAUCCUAAUGGUAAGUAGUGCUAUUCAUCGAUUUAUUUUAUCCAAGUUGCAUAUCUUGAAUACUGGAGACGUUUCUGAUGUGAAAUUACAAACAGGUUCUCGAACAAUUGGUGUUAUCACAAAGGUUGGAACCUAACCCUCUCAAAACAAGCUUCACAGUUUUUUCCUAUCCGAAUAUAAGAUGAACAAUUAUUGUUGAUUCUAACCGGUGAGAAUUUUAUUUGGUCUGUCAUCAGCUGGAUAUAAUGGAUCGAGGAACCGAUGCCUGCAAUUUUUUGCUUGGAAAAGUUAUUCCUCUUCGGCUGGGUUACAUUGGGAUUGUUAAUCGUAGUCAGCUGGUAUUGCUUUACAAAACAUAACCUUUUUAUUUCUUUAUAAUCUUUUUUCUUUAAUGAUUAUUGUUUAACAUAUUCUCUCAAAUGUCAUUUUCCCACGUGACACAUGAAUGAAUUGUCAUUGCUAUGGAAGACUUUACUCAUCAAUUGAUCCUUCAAUUAAAUCGUGUGUAGUGCUGAUAAGAAAAAAGUAUCUUCUUCAAAUGAUGUUUUGUUCUUUGUAGAACUAAUUGGCCAUGUGGUGCCUGAGGUACAGGGUCUAAUCCAUUUUUCUUUGCCCAGAUAUAGGUUCCUUUAUAAAUUCCAUGAACAAAUUUGACAUUCCAAAUUCUCAGUGAGGUAUGUGGAAAUAAACUGUAGGCAUAUAAAAUUAAAGGAAUUCACUAGGUAAUACAUGGAUGAUUCACAUAGUUAUACUUAUGUCUCCUAGUUUCUUUCAACUUUGUGCAGCUAUUGUCCUGUUUAUUAACUUGAACUUCUACUGUGGAGAUGACAAUUAAAACCAUGUUUAAUUGGAAUGAAUGUUUUUUCAAACCUAACUGUGAAUUGUUCUUUUCUCUAUGUUGUCAUGGUAGAAUCACGUUUAUAUGUUCUUGUGACAUCUAAUAUUUUGAAGUUUCUUGUAAACAGGAUAUCAUUGAAAACCGGAGCAUUGCAGAAGCGCUUGCAAAUGAGGAAUUCUUUUUCCGAAGUCGUCCUGUAGAUAUCUCUUUCACUUAUUUUAAAUUCUUUCUGUAGCAUGUAUGUAUUCGCCCCUUAAGCUGACAUCUCUUGACUAAAUGUCUCAGGUAUAUCAUGCUCUGGCUGAUCGUUGUGGCAUUCCUCAAUUAGCAAGGAAAUUGAAUCAGGUUGUUAAUCAAGGAAUUAAAGUUUGUUUGCUUUGGCCUGUCUAAUUUCGUCAAGAAUACCAAAUUUCAGUGAAUAGUCAAGUCAGUAAUCAGUUUUGUGGUUACUCAUUUAGAAAGAUGGCUUAUUUCAAGAUGGUUUUAAAGAUUUUUGCAGGGAAAGCUCCUGAUCUCGUUUCUCAUCGCUUUCACUCUGUUUUCAGAUUCUUGCGCAGCACAUAAGAAUGGUUCUGCCAGAAUUGAAGGCUCGGCUAAAUGCACAAAUGGUUGCUGUUAUAAAGGAAUUGCGGUCGUAUGGAGAAACCAUGGAAUCCAUUGUAAGUUCGUGGUUUAUGUUAUUUAUGUUGCAAUCGAAUUGAUCAAAUGUUUCUGGCAUAUAUACAUUUAAUUCCGUUUGGUCAUUAUGUCUUUUCUUUGUCUGCUAUCGUUAUUGUUGUUAUGAGUGUGUGUCAGUUGUAACUAAUAACCUGGCAGUUUGUUGGAAACAGACGCACCUCUAUUAUUAGAAACAUAAAGCAGAUUUCGAGUCGCUGCUAUCAACCAGUGAGCUUAUCAAGCUGGAUUAGAAUAGGGAUACUAUUUGAUAGCCAAUGGUACUGUCAGAUAAGUAAGAGCUUAUUUGCUCGGAAAUCUAAAUGGCCAAAGGCUGAGAUGCAUCUUUCUGUAUUUUUGCUUAAAGCUGUGAUAAAUCUUCAUACUAUUCUAUUAUCAAGACAGGGAAAGGUAUCUUCACCUCUAAAAUCAAAAAGGUUCCUUAAUAAUGAAGCCUCGUUCAAAAGAGCAUGAUUAUGGAUUGUUAGUCGAAUUUCUGCUUGUUCUGUAAUUACAUGAUAGAAAGCUUUUCAUAAGAAAAUCGAAUGGACUGAAAUUGUAGUGAACAUUAUUUAGGGUUCAAUUAUCACCAGCUGGACUUAUGCUGCCCACUAUUAUUUGAUAGGUCUAUCUGUGGCUUGGAAUUGCUGCAGCUAUUUAUCCACUGCGGCCACUGUUCUCACUGCUUGAUAUCCAGAAUUUCCCUUUUUACCCAAUUCUUUAUCUUUGUUUCUUUUUUCUACAAUUGUUGUUCAUAAUUAUUAUGGGGUGUCCUGCUAUGAUGUUCGUGCUGGAGGAGGGAGGAGAAAGAUCGUGUUAAGGAGUAGAUAUUAACGGUUGCAUCCUUCUUCUUUCUGAAGAAGAACUAGGUAUUCUUAAAUGAGUACACAAAUACCUCGUUGGACAUAAAUCACUUUUUCAUUUAAGAAUCACGGUUUUUAACAUUCAGCCACAUACCAUCAUUAGGUUGCCCAGUUUUGAUCAUAUCCGAAGCUACAUCCUUGGAACCUGAGAUCAUUGCAAUUAAAGCAUUUAAAAUGUUGCAGGUAAUAAAUCAGCGAUUCUUGAAUAUGAUCCGUGUCAGUUCUGGGGGAAUAUUCAAUGCCGAUUUCCAUUCUAUCUUUCACAAAUACAAAUACCUGUAUUUCACAAAUACAAGUAUUUUCUGGUGGAGAUGAAAACAGACCCCCCCCCUGUCUUUAUCUAAAAAUAAGUGAUCAUCUCGUAGGUAUACUAUCUCUAACAUUAUUUUUAUAUCUAGGGAGUACUACUAGUUAAUCGGGCAUUAGCCCAGAUUCAUGACAUGAACUCUGUUUGCAAUUUACAAAAUGAAGUUUGAAUUCAGAUUAAUGGGAGGGGAAUUGGAUGAAGAUGGUAAAGCAGUCUCAGUUUUUUCUCGUUGAGUUUCAUUUAUCUCUUUUUUGGGAUGUAUGUUCAUUUUUCAUUAUUGGGUUUCUGCUAAAAAAUGCUUUCUCUCUUGUUAAAUAGGAGGAAAAGAGGAUUUUUCUACUGAACGUCUUGACCAAGUAUUGUGAAGGUAUACUUAACCGUUUUGAUAUGCAUCUCUGGCAUUUUGAUUUCUUUCAAUAUGAUUGUUGCGUUACAUUGAUAUACUGCAAUAAUAUGUAUUCUAUUCCAUUCAUUUAUGCUCAUUAUCAUUUAUCCGACAUAUAAGAAUCUGCUUGAUGUGAGCACCUUUUAAUCCAGAACAUCCUUUCUCCCUCUUGUCUAGUUAUGCCUUACUUUCUUAACGAAGUGUAAGAAUUUCGGAAGCUUAAAGUCAAGAGUUGCUAAGCCAUUUCUGAUCUGAAAGGAUAUUGGUAUUUUCGUCAUUCAGAAAAGUGGUUCUGGCGCCCUCCCAAGGUUUAACUAUAAGGGUUUUUCAGUGACCAUUCCUCCAUCUCUUUUUUGUUUUAGGAAUAACUCUCACAGACAUGUAGUUAUUAGAUUAAGGCGCUUCUAUCACAAAAAUAUCAAAAUUUUAUAUAAAAUAUUAAUGAAUCUAAAAUUGUUAAGACCAUUGAGUUGUGAAUCGUUUUCCGAAUUGUAUGCUAUGUAAUCAUGAUGCCAACUAGUGCUGGAGCACGGAUACAAUUGAGCUGUACAACCUAUUAAUACAUAUAAAUAUAGGUUGUAUUAAUCUGACCUGUCAGUGGAUCAUAUUUAACGUGUAAGAAUACUGGGGCAUUUUAUUUUUGUAAAAGAAUAUGCUUAAGAAUACUUGUCGGGAUGCACCAUACCUACUUCGUCAGCUUGGAUUUAGGCAUGUUCUAGGGGCAGUCAUUUGUUGGGCAACGUGGAUAUCUCAGGUUUGGACAUCAGAAAAGGGUGAUUGUCUUUGAUCGCUUACCAGAUGAGUGGUAUUCAAUUUUGUGCUUUGACCUUCCAAUAUAACCUGAAUUGGUUUGAUAAGCUUAUGCAUGUGGAAAGCUGUAUAAAUUUACGAACAUAUGGAUAUAGCACCUCUAUCCAUAUAAAACCUAUGAGUUGGGUGACUUCUUCAUCUCAAACGAGGACGCUCUGCUACAACUUACGUUUGGUUGAAUUUUUUUUGGGUCCUUGAAAAUUUAUGAUGAAGGAAAAUGAUGCCUCACAAUGCCUCCUCCAGUCACUUCUUUGGUAUAGAGCCCCUUCAGUUUGAGCGAACGUUUUCAAAAUCCUCACCCUUAGGGCCGUCUUUAAAAAAAUAAAUCCUACCCUUAAUGCGUGUUAUUUUGAAGUCUCAAAGUUGGACCAGCUUCCUUUUACAAGAGACGUCCAAAGCACGAGUACACCAUGCCAUCAUCUGUGGAAAUAUAUGAUGAUCAAAAAAUUUGAGGAAUUUAUCUCAUCUUCAGGAUGGGAUUUCGGGUUACAUUUGUGAUAAGAGCACAUGAACUAUGGAUAGUCUGUGAAAGAUGAUGCAUCUUUGCUCUAUUAAUAUGGAAAGGAUAUGCCAGAUGGUGCACUUCUGUCAGAGAUCACCCUAUAUAUUGAACUGUUGACUUCCAGCUCGUCUGAGGAGGAUGUUAUGCGGAGGUUCCAAGGUGAUACAACUUCCGCAACUAUGGAAGUACCAGAAGGGAAUAUGAAACAAAAUGGGAAGGAAACUGAGAAGAAGAAGAUAGAAAGGGGAUCCUGAAGGAACCCUAGACUGUUCUGGAAGGCUUUCGACAGGGUCCCCGUCUCUCCCAAGUCAGUCUGCUGUUUUUUUUCCUCCCUCGACCUCUCCUGCUCAAGCCCUAAUACCUCACUAGCUGGUCCUCCAUUACAGUACCUGCACCUUUGGACAAGAUUGUCUAUUCUUUCUUCUGAAAUAAGAUACGACCAGAGUCGUAUCCAACGAUUGGUGACCAAACACAUGCCAACAUUUGUGAUUUGGAGGAAAAUGAACAGCAGAGUAUUUAACAUGGAAAAUAGAACAAUUGAAGCAAGCAACGUGGGUGCUUAUGAUGUUUCGAACCAAUGAAAAACAAUUGUGGGAUGAGGACCAUUAUUAUUGCUACUCUGGGUAAAAUGGGCUGCAUUGCCUUUCUGUGGACUCCAUUUCUAGUGCAGUUUUGUUUCUAAUAGCACAGAGAGAAAUGUGUGUGCAUGGAGACAUCAUCUAUUGGCCCUUUUUGCUGAAUUUCAUUAUUGCACUCUUUGCCCUUUUCUGUUUUCACUUUUUUUGUGUACAUCAAAAAUAAUUUAUGACAUUUCAUUUGCUGUUGAAAACUCAAAAUUUGUGUAUAACAUGUUCUCAGUUACAUCUUCUUGCCCUUGUCACCAAGUUUUCUGCUAUAAGUUCUGCAUGUAAUUUCUGAGGUAUGGAUGAUAGUCAUAUUAACUAUUUGUGGACAUAACUUAUCUUACGCUUUAUGAUGUUUAUUUUUUUCCCCAAUUAUUUCUGUUUUUGUAACUGUUGAUUCAUGAGACUCUUUUUCUUCUAUACCACAGAUUUCUCUGCAAUGAUUGAUGGAAAAUAUUUAGAUAUGCCAACCACUGAGUUGGCCGGUGGAUCUAGGAUCUUGUACAUUUUCCAAUCAACUUUGGUAAAAUGUCUGGAGGUACACAAUUGAUCUUUCCAUUACCACGUGUCUAUGCUGUCAUUAUUUUGCCUUUGUUUUGUGCUUCUGACGAAAGCAUGUGUCAAUACUAUCAAUUAGAUUAGUUAGUAGGUAACAAUUUAUGUAGGGCCAGUGCUAAUUAUCUACAGUUUGCAUUAUUGAAGAUUAUUUUUCUCAAUUUCUUGAUAUUUGUUGCACAAUGAUCUGGCAAGUGUACAUUAUGUAAUUGCUUGAUGGCAUUUUGCAGGAAGUGGAUCCUUGUGAGGAUUUGACUGAUGAUGAAAUUAGAAUGGCUAUCCAAAAUGCGACUGGUACUAAAACUGCUCUGUUUGUCCCAGAGGUGUGAAUGAUCUCCCUUCACAAUACUUUGCAGCACUUUUAAAAAUGUAGUAUGAGCUCUCAGGAUUCCUCUUUCAGGUUCCAUUUGAAAUUCUAGUCAGGAGACGAAUUGCUCGGCUUUUGGAUCCUAGCCUUCAGUGCUUACGUUUCAUCUAUGAUGAACUAAUAAAGGUGAUUAGGCAUGCCUGAUUCAUUGAGCUUUCUUUUCUUGGUGGUCUGUGUACCAGAUUAAAUUUAUGGUGAUAUUUUUUUAACCGGAUGAUGCGAAUGAGAACUGAAACGAUUGCUAUAUUGCAGAUAAGCCACGCAUGUGCAACAGAUCUACAACGAUUUCCUCUUCUAACUAGACGACUAGAGGAGGUAGUAGGAAAGUUCUUACGCGAUGGUGUAAAGCCUGCAGAGAGAAUGAUAGCGAAUCUUAUUGGAAUGGAGGUAUUUUAUCUUCCAGUGGUUCUUAUUGCCAGCGUUUCUGGCGGUCUAUAUUAAUAUUCCGGUGACUCUUUUGCCUUUCUAUACUUAUUGAUAUGUGGUAUUCACCAUGAACAUGCUAAUCGUGGUAUCUAUAUUAACGCAAUUCUAGGUUCUGGAUUUGUCAGGCUUGAUCAUUGAAAAAGAAAAAAAGAUUGUAAGUGUAAAGGUCAUUGUAUUCUCAUGAGGAAUCCGUAGGUAGUGGGGUCUAUGGGCACAAGUUUGCAUCUGUUGAUCAAUUGAAAUGCUACUCAGGGGAUAAAAAAAAUGUUAAUUCUCUUGAAGGAUCAUUAUAGCGUUCGGUAACGGAUUAAUUUUCUCCAGUUACGCAACUUACCGCGCGCAGUUUCUCUAGUAGGAAAUCGCAACGUGUAAACCAGCCUCUGGAAUAUGCCAAUCAAAUCUUUUCUAUUUACCCAUCCUUGCUCAAUAGCAAGUUUGGUCUUGCAUCAUAGUAACCUAAACAAAGCAUAAAAAUUUAAAAAGCUAACCUAGCAAAGCUAAAGACCAUUUUCAAGUGUCUGAGAAGCUUUGAUGAAUUUUAAGGAGAGCUUGACAGCGUUUUACGUGACAGAACUUCACUUUGCCAUUGAGGGGAGACUUAAAUCUGGAAAGUAAUAGAUAGCUUGAAUUUUGGUGUAUUGUUUCUCACCUUACAAUGAGAUGUUUUUAACUAGUUGGAGGGGAACGUGUUGGCCGUGAAAUUUCUGGUGCAGUUCAGAUAUAUGCAGUAUUUAUUCUGAUUUGACUCACGUUGUUGAGUUUUUGCCAUCAAUCGUUAGCAUUUAUUCGUGGGUCAUUCGAAGUAAUUAUCACUGGCUACUUGUGUAUCAACAGUGCUAUUGAUUCUGUGCAUUCUAAUUUGUAUUUGAGAGUCUUUUAUUGAAAUGGCUGUGGGCUGUUGACCACUGAGUCGACUCUACGUAUUUUUGUUCGUUUUUCUGUACAUAUACUAACUUGGUUGAAGCUCUGACAAUUUGUUAGUGCAUGCAUUGCGUUGACAACUUUUUCAACACAUGCAGUGGUAAUUUUUUUUAGUUCAGUAAAAGUUUGAGAUUAGAUGGAAAUACUUUUGUCCAAUCAAUUUUUUGUUGGAUGAGGAUUAGAGACCCAGGAAAAAACAGUCUUCAAAAAGGAGUGCAGUUCCAAGUAUUUGGCUGAUAAUCCCAAUAAGUUAAAGGAAACAAUGCUGAAAUUUCAGUAUGAUGUGAUAAUAUUUUUCAUUACAUCGUCAUGCAUUGCCAUUGCCUAGUGUUAUUCUACAUGCUUUCAUGCUUGUCAUAGAGAGGAUGUCCAUACAGGAUAACUGAAAGUGUUUUAGCUAAGUAAUCCUUGGAUGAAUUGUCUUUAAUACUUUGCCACUAAAGUUUUACUGGUUUGGCUGUCUGAAUGACUCCAGAUGGAUUAUAUAAAUACAUCUAAUCCAAGCUUUAUCGGCGGUAGCAAAGCAGUAGAGAUUGCAAUGCAGCAGCUGAAAACUUCUAGUCUUUUGGCGCACAAUGUACCAAAGCCAAAGGUCUGUUUUUGACAGUAUUAGGAUAUCUUAUAGGAUGAUAUCACUUAGGAAAUCACAAGCUUUUCCUGAGUUGUAUCUUAUUGAAGCUUGUUUUCCAAUGCAGGAUGCUGUGGAUGCUGAUAAGCUGACAAUUGCAUCAGAAAAAAGCUCUAAAAGUCGUGGAUUUCUUACUAAAUCUGUAGCAAAUGGAGUUUCACCUGAGCAGGUAGAUAAUUGUCAUUUGAUAUGAUUCCACAUUAUUUCUUUCUAUGAUUAUCGAUGCUCAAAGGUGACACUGUUUGGGUGAAAAUCGUGGUUCAGAAUAUCUAAUCUUUGUUUGUCUGCUUGCAGGGUAGCAAACUUCUAACAAUUAACGACAGACCAACAGCAUCAGCAGGUGAGCUUCUGGCCUCCUCAAACCGUUAUAAAUCCGAAUAUAUUUUUUUGCCUGCCUGAACGAUUGUUUUCAAGGUGCUAACGGUAAGUCAUUUGGGUAGGUAGCUAGGCGAGCAUGCCUAAAAUGUGUUUGCCUUUGUUAAUCUUAGUGUCAGGGUUGUCUGGUUUGCCACAUCGGUUAUAUCUUGCCAGAGACCUAGUCGAAUAAAGCUAAAUAUUAAUGUACCGUUAUUAAAUUAUGCAUGCCUAAAAAAAAAUAUGUUCCGAAGCAUUAAUUUUUUUUUUUACAAAACAAAUAAUAUCAUUAAUAAGAUAGGGUAACUCAUACUUGAGUGUGACGACUUAAUGUGAUCCACUUGGAUUACGAGAACUUGAUGUUUUUCAAAAAAAAAAAAAGUGUGAGUUGGCGCUAAGAAAUUGUUUCUCGUCAAACGUCCACUUAAUAUUUCGGAUAUCAUUAAUAGCAAGAAAGCAGUUGACCGCGCUAUACUGGAAUAUUUCUGCUUGCAAUUUAUGUAUAUGAGAACCGUUUGUGAAAUGUGAUAAAUGUAAUCUACUAUGACAUGUAAUUGACCCGGUAUAAAGAAACAGACAUUUGUAGACAAUAAAUUUUAUUAGAAUAUUAACUAUAUCCUGGUUUCUUUCGCCCCAUACCUUGGUCGUGGAAGAUAGAUGAACAUCACCAUAACGACUAUGGUUUGGAUAGAUACAAGUGUAUGUAUAGCACUGGAAUUUAUGAUUCUUUGUUGUGUGAUUUUCGUUUCACUGUUGAAAUGAGGCUGAACAUUCUUUUGAUGAGAUUAUUUCAGAAUCAUUCUCGAAGCUAAAUCACACUGAAAUUUAGUUCGAACAUGAAAAAUCGGCCUUAAUUUUUAGUCCUGGAUUUUAAAUCUUACUGGAGCACAACAAGAAAAUGGAAACCCGAAUCACUUUCCUGCAUCAUGAUGCUCUAACAUUUCCAUACAUGCUCAAAAAAAAAAAAAAAAAAAAAAAAAACCGUGGCAGAAUUUCUGAAUCGUAUUCGUCAGAAACCCUCGUUCUUGGUUUUCAUUUGACUGUUGUCCGAGGAUUUUCAGGCCCUUCGUCUGGAGGUUGGGGAAUCUCAUCACUAUUUGGAAGCGGCAGGAAUUCUUCUCAAGAGAAUCUCUUGAGCAAACACUCAAACGAACCUUCUCUGAAUGAUCAAACAAUCCUCUUAAGAGAGGUAAAUCCUUGUGAAACUGAAAAAGUCAUUACCCGUUUCUCUGGUCUUAAACAUCCCAUGAUCGAAGCUAUUUCUCUACCAUUCCAGCCACCAUCCACGCUGAGGCCAUCAGAAGAGCGAACGGAGAAUGAGACCAUUGAAAUAGCUGUGACAAGAAUGCUUCUUCGAUCCUACUACGAUAUUGUCCGAAAGAAGACGCAGGACUCUGUUCCAAAAGCCAUCAUGCACUUCCUGGUAUGUCUUUUUACUCCGCCGGCACUUGUUCCUUCCUGCAGCACAGAUUCUGACCGCCCUUUUUAAAUCUUCCAGGUCAACCAUGCCAAGCGGAACCUGCUGAGUACUUUCAUUCAGAAGCUCUACAGGCAUAUAUAUACCCCCACAGCACCACACGCUUUGCUCUUGAUUCUGACAUCCUUGUACUCAACCUUGCUGAAUCCUUCCUUUAUAAGAUCUUAAACGAAAGUCAACGGCGUUCCUGCAGAGAGGACCAGCUCGGUGUUUUGCUGAAUGAACGGGAGGAAGUUGCACUCAAGAGACAGCGCUCCCGAGAGCUGUUCCAUGUUCUGCAACAAGCUGUUCAUGUCAGUCCCCUCACCUUCUGUUCGUCGUUUUAUUCCGCGAAGAAUCUUUGAUCUCUUGACUCUGCCGGAGAAAAAUAUUACUAGGAGCAGACUAGGUUGAGCUUAAUAAUGCGUUGACUCUUGGCGAAUUUAGCUUGAUUCUAGGCUUACUGUUCUUGGGCUCUGACCCACCUUGCAAAUUUGGCUGCUUGUGAUGUAGACCCUGGAUGCGCUCCCCGUAGACUUGGAGGGCGCUUCUAGAAGCUCAAAAUCAGGAGGCGAGGCGUUCACCCGGUCAACGCCACUCUAUGCCAUCCCUUCUCCCAUCCAUCCUACGACGGAGGCAGAUUUCAACGCUCCGUACGUUCGUCAGUUCGAAGUAUGA